UAAACCGGCAUUAUACCUCGCUCUGCGGGCCUACAUGGACGUUUUGAAAAUGAGUACAGUAACGCAAUAUCUAUUAACGGCAGCUGUCACCGCGUUGAUCGCCCUAUUUUGGAUUCUAAGGCAAAGAUAUGAUUACUGGAAGAAGCGCGGUAUACCCUACGUGAAGCCCGUCUAUUUCAUAGGAAACCUAAGUUUUGUUAUGAGAAAAUCAGUAUCUGAUUUCUUUCUCGAGAUGAGUAAGAAGUAUCCUACGGAUUGUGUCGGUAUGUUCCUAGGAAUUACACCCACGCUAGUAGUGCAGACACCGGAGCUUGCUCGGAAAAUACUCGUCAAGGAUUACGGCAAUUUCGAAGACAGGUUCCUGUAUUCGGGUCACGCCGAUCCGCUUGGAUCGCUGAAUCUCUUCACAAUAAAGAACCCGAUGUGGGCAUCGAUGAGACAAGAACUAACGCCCAUGUUCACGUCAUCACGGCUCCGAAAAGUCACAGAACUAAUGAACAUGAACGCGACAGAACUCGUGAAAAGAGUGCAGCGCAACUUUAUCGAGAGGAAGGAAGAUGUCAAUCUUAAGGAAGUGUUCUCUAUGUACGCCUCUGACACGGUCGCGUUCACUGUGUUCGGCCUACGUAUUAGCCGCCUUAGCGACCAAGACUCCCCUUUGUGGUUCAUCACAAGCCACAUGGUGAAAUGGACUUUCUGGCGAGGACUUGAAUUCAGUACUAUAUUAUUUAUGCCUUUUCUGGCGAAACUGCUAAGAUUACAAUUCUUCUCUGGAGGCGCAACAGAGUACAUUAGAAAACUAUUUUGGAACGUUGUCGACGAGCGCAAUAAGACCGGCGUGUCGAACGAUAAAGAUCUCGUUAAUCACUUACUGAAAUUAAAGGAAAAUGUGAAACUCCCCGCCGAGUCUGGAUCUAAGUUAGCUGACGACUUGAUGCUUGCACAGGCGGCGGUAUUUAUACUAGGAUCUAUCGAGACUUCAUCUACGACCCUCAGCUACACAUUACAUGAGCUAGCCUAUCAUCCUGAAGCACAGGAAAAGCUUUUCAAUGAAAUUGACACAGCACUAAAGGAAAAGGGAAAAGAGAUUUUGGACUACGAUAAUUUAUUAGAGCUCAAGUAUCUCUCAUCAUGCAUUAGCGAAACAAUGAGGAAGAACACGCCAGUACCGUAUUUAGAAAGGAAAUGCAAGAACAGGUACCAGCUGACGGACGACAUAGUGAUUGAGAAGGGCACCCCCGUAUUCGUGAACGUCAUGGCGCUGCAUUAUAACGAGAAGUACCACGUGGAGCCCGAGAAGUGGCGUCCCGAGAGGUUCGCCAACCCAUCCGACAACGAUAACAAAAAUUUCACCUUCCUGCCCUUUGGCGAGGGACCUCACUUCUGCAUAGGAAAGCGCUACGGGUUGAUGCAAGUGCGUGCAGCGCUCGCGCAGCUGCUGCACAGGUACCGCGUGGAGCCGGUCUCGUCCUACGAGCUCAAGGCUGACCCGUAUGCCGUGUUCCUGGCGCCCGCCAAUGGAGGCUCGGUCCGCUUCGUCCCGAGAAAAUAGAACGUCCCUUACCACCGUAACCUGUAACCCGGGCCAA